AUGGAAACGAUAAUCAUCGGGCUUAUUGUUACAAUUGUAGCAAUAUUCGUUGGAACCUUUGCAUUAUUAGCUAAUAAAGUGGCAAUGAUUCGAGAUCCACUUCAAGCUUGGAAUGAAUUGAAUAAACCAAUCAUACGUCAUUUUCGACCAUUAAUUUAUUCGUAUUUUCUAGAAUUUAAAAAUCCGUUUGUUAAAUGCAUUCAUAUGCGUAUAACGAACCUUGAAAAAGGAACCUGUUCUGGGGUUUUGAAGGAACAAAGGAGAAUACAUAAUCCGUUCAACAGUAUUCACGCAGCGGCCCUUUGCACAUUUGCAGAAACGAUUGGAGGACUUGCAGUAUUAAGUAAAAUAACUAAACAACAUAGGGCUAUUGUAACGAGAAUUAAUAUGGAGUAUUUUAAGAAAUCAAGAGGAUUAAUUACGGGCACUAGUACUUUUAAUCCUGGAGAGUUAAAUGGUAUUCAAGAAUGUGAAACUAUUCUCAAAGAUCAAUCAGAAGAUAUUGUCGCGAAAGCGACUGUAUUUUGGAAUAUUCGUAACUCUUGA